GCUCGCCACUGGUUCCUCCGAGGCGCCGUGUGGGCCCUCAGCGUGAGCGCGGCCGUGGCCGCCGGGCAGCCCCGCGCCUCCCCCCGUCCCCGUGCGGCGGUGGGAGUUGCUGCGGGCCGGCGGCGGAGGAGGCGGGGGGCGGCGGGGGCGCGCAGGUACCUUGUUGAUACCUUGCAAAGGCAAUGGAGGCAAUGAUGAAAACCCUGUUGUAAUUAAAACAUAAAGAAAAAAUAUUCUUUGCUGUGCAAUACUCUUAGUAUCAUUCAAUGCCUACUAUUUCAGAAGAUGAAAAAGAAAAUGGUUCUGGAAAUAAUGGAAACACUGAAAACAGACCUGGGAAAGAAUCCCCAGAAGCUUCUCUUCACGAUCCCGUGAAGCCAUACUGCAUGUCAGACACCUCCACUGCAUCCUUGGUGUCUAGAGAAGAUGGGCAUUAUCCAUGGGGAUGUCCUGUGACUCACACAAGAGAGAAGUUUUAUACCAUCUGCUCAGACUAUGCUUUUUUAAACAGAGUCACAUCUAUUUGUAAAAGUCCAAGUGCUUCAGUUAGUGCCUGCCUAUCAAGUAGUGCUGCCUUAAAUGUUGGAAAUAACACACCUAACUUACUCAGCAUUCAAACUGGUGCUUCAGAGAUUAUCUACAAUGAAGAUGCUAACUUGGAAAGCCUGCCUGGCAAUCUUGGAAAGCUUCCACUGGCAUGGGAAAUAGACAAAUCUGAGUUCAAUGGCGUGAACUCAAAUCUGAAGAACAAAGCAGGCAGCAUGAAGAAACAAGGGACAAAGAAGAAAUCUGUGGACAAAAAGAGCAAACAAUACAGGGAGUGUCCUCAGCGUUCAGCUCUUGAAGAUGUGAAGGAGAGAAAAGUGUUGGACCUUCGGAGAUGGUAUUGUGUUAGCCGACCUCAAUACAAGACUUCCUGUGGAAUUUCAUCCUUAGUGUCUUGCUGGAAUUUCUUAUAUAGUACACUGGGAGCUGGAAGUUUACCCCCCAUCACUCAAGAAGAAGCCUUGCAUAUACUGGGCUUUCAGCCCCCAUUUGAGGAGAUUAGGUUUGGUCCCUUCACUGGAAAUACAACUCUAAUGAGAUGGUUUAGGCAAAUAAAUGAUCACUUCCAUAUCAAGGGAUGCUCAUAUGUUCUGUAUAAACCUCAUGGGAAGAACAAGACAGCUGGAGAAACUGCUGCAGGGGCCCUAGCAAAGCUAACACGUGGACUGAAGGACGAAUCAAUGGCCUACAUCUACCAUUGCCAAAACCAUUAUUUUUGCCCAAUUGGAUUUGAAGCAACCCCAGUAAAAGCUAGUAAAGCCUAUAGAGGUCGUGUCUUGCAGCAAGAAGUGGAAUAUUGGAUCUUAAUUGGAGAGCCCAGCAGAAAGCAUCCAACGAUACAUUGUAAAAGGUGGACAGAUAUUGUCACUGACCUAAACACUCAAAAUCCAGAAUAUCUAGAUAUUCGACACCUAGAGAGAGGAUUGCAACAUCGAAAAACAAAGAAGGUUGGAGGAAAUCUUCAUUGCAUCAUUGCCUUUCAGAGACUUAACUGGCAAAGAUUUGGUCCUUGGAAUUUUCCAUUUGGGAAUGUUAGACAGAAUAAACAAUCCCAAACACAAGGACAAGGAAUUUCCAAAUCUGAGAGUGAAGACAAUAUAUCUAAGAAACAACACGGGCGACUGGGUCGAUCUUUCAGUGCUAGUUUUCAUCAAGAAUCCAUGUGGAAGAAAUCUAAUCUUCGGGAGAGGAGGAACAAUAUCAGUAUUUGGUUGAACCAAGCAAUAAAGGGAGCCAGAGAUCGUGGUGGCAUUUCUGUACGGAAUGCUCACCUGCUCACUCUGUUUCAUCGACUCUGCAAGUUACUGUUUUUCCGGAUUCGACCCGUGUUUGUGUUUGAUGGAGAGGCGCCUCUUCUGAAGAGACAAACCUUGGCUAAGCGAAGACAAAGAAAGGAAAUUGCCAUCAAUGAUUCCAGGAAAACUACAGAGAAACUCUUGAAAACACUUCUGAAGAGACAUGCUAUCAAAACUGCUAUUGCAGGCAAAAGCAAUGAAGCUUUGCCCAGUAUUACACAAGUUCGAAGAGAAGGAAUUGAUGAUAUGUAUGUGUUGCCUGCUUUAGAGGAUGAAGAGAAGAAUAGCUCAGAGGAGGAGGAAGAAAAAGAAUGGCAAAUGAGAAUGAGCCAAAAACAGAUGUUGCAAGAACAGUUAUGUGAAAAUCCUUAUUCUAUAGAUAUUGAAUCAGAAGAUUUCCACAAGCUGCCUCCAGAAAUAAAACAUGAGAUCUUGACUGAUAUUAAAGAACUUACAAAGCGAAGAAGAACGUUAUUUGAAGCAAUGCCAGAGGACUCCAAUGACUUUUCCCAGUACCAGCUCAGGGGUUUGCUUAAAAAAAGCAACCUCAAUCGGUGCAUAGAAAAUGUACAAAAAGAAAUGAAUCAACAGCACUCGGGUGAAAUCCAAACACAAUAUGAAAAUGAAGGUGGUUUUGUGAAAGAAGUGGAAUCAAGGAGGGUGGUCUCUGAAGAGACUUCUCAUUAUAUUCUGAUAAAGGGUAUUCAGGCAAAAGGGGCUAUGAGUAGCAACUUGGAAACUACUGCAGGACCCUCAUCAAAAAUGCAUGAAUUGACUAAAUUAAAUAAAAUCAAUGAAUCUCCUGCUAAUGCAAAACAGGAAGAUGACAAUGUAGUGGCAGCACCCCCAUCUCCUCGGACUUUGCUUGCUAUCCAAGCAGCCAUGGUGGAAAGCAGCUCAGAAGAAGAACUGGACACAGGACAAUUGAACAGGGAAGAGGAAGGCAGCGUGUCUCCAAGAACACUGCGGGCAAUUCAGCAAGCUCUGAGUGAAGACGAUAAAGGGGAGGAAGUUGUAACUGCUACAACUGGUGGAGUGCUAUCAGUAAGACCAGAAGGGAAGGAUUUUCUGCUUAGUAGCUCAGAUGAGGAAGAGCAGAUUCCUGUAGUUAAGGAGGGAAAAAACAUUCCUACAGCUACAAUUCCGUCAUCAAUCCAAGUGACUAUGCAAAAUGCUAAAUCUAAACAGAAGAGUGAGGAGUUGGAAAAAAGUGAUAUUAUACCCAAAGACACAGGUGUAUUCAGAGAUGAAAAUUAUUCUGCUAUUGGAAAUACUAGAAAAGGCAGAGAAGAUAUAGACAAAGAAGAAAAUGAUUCAGGAAAUCAUAUUGUACCCAAGGACACCAGCAUAUCCAUAGCUGAAACUUCUAUUGACAAUACUAUAAAAGACACAGAAGAGGUAGACAAGGAAAAAGGUGGUUCCAAAAAUCAUAUUUCACCAAAUGAUACCAGUAUAUCCAGAGCUGAAAAUUAUUCUUAUGUUAACAAUACUAGAAAGGAUAAAGAAGACUUUGACGAAGAAAAAAAUGGUUCCAAAAUGGACUUAAAAUCUCUGGGAGAUAAGAAUAUGAAUUUGUGUUUGCAGAAGCCAAGCUGUUCCAUUGUGCAAACUAGUACAGAUGCUUUGAUUCACACUGAAACAACAGACCUUUCUAAAAAUAAGGAAAACUUGAAAAUUUCUGAAAACACACAGGAAGUAAUUUCACAAACCGAGGAGAAUGUGUCUGAGGAUACUAGAUUUUUUCCAGAAGCAAGAGAUCCCGAGGCAGAAAGAGAAGAGAUAUCACAGUCCGAAGACAGUGAUUCUGAUGGAAGCUUUAUUGAAGUGGAUGCUGAGGUCAGUAACGAGGCUGAGUCUCCCACUAAAUAUGAUGAAAAAGGGGGUGAUGAGCCAACACUUGCAGAAGUGGAGACUGACAGACCUGAUGUUUGCACACUGGACUUGCUGAAGGAGUCUGAUGAGGUGCAGCUGGGAAACACUCAGAAUGUUGAAGCAGAAGCUGAUAGUAAAGGUGCAGUGGAUGAAUGGCAAGACAUCAGUUUGGAAGAACUAGAAGAAUUAGAAAAGGACCUUUCUGCUGAGCAGAAUACACUUCAGUCUCAAAAACAGCAGCAGGAACGUGUUGCUGCUUCUGUAACAGGACAGAUGUUCUUGGAAAGCCAGGAGCUUCUCCGUCUGUUUGGCAUUCCAUAUAUCGAAGCUCCGAUGGAGGCCGAGGCACAGUGUGCAAUAUUGGACCUUACUGAUCAGACCUCUGGGACAAUCACUGAUGACAGUGAUGUUUGGUUGUUUGGUGCACGACAUGUUUAUAAAAAUUUCUUCAGUCAGAACAAAUACGUAGAAUAUUAUCAGUAUGUUGACUUUCAGAACGAGCUAGGGUUGGACAGAAGUAAGCUAAUUAAUUUGGCAUACUUGCUUGGAAGUGACUACACUGAGGGCAUCCCAAAUGUUGGCUUUGUAACAGCGAUGGAGAUUUUAAAUGAAUUUCCUGGGCAUGGCUUGGAACCUCUCAUAAAAUUCGCUGAGUGGUGGAAUGAAGCUCAGAAGAAUAAGAAAGUGAUGCCUAAUCCACAUGACACCAAAGUCAAGAAGAAACUGCGGGAUCUGCAGCUUUAUUCAGGUUUCCCAAAUCCAGCAGUGGCAGAAGCAUACCUGAAGCCUGUGGUGGAUGAGUCAAGGGGUUCAUUCAUCUGGGGAAAGCCUGAUGUUGAGCAGAUCAGAGAAUUCUGCAAGGAUCACUUUGGCUGGACUAGGACAAAGAUAGAUGGGAUCCUUUUGCCUGUGAUGAAACAACUGAACUUGCAGCAGACUCAGCUUCGAAUCGAUUCAUUCUUCAGACUAGAACAGCAUGAAAAACAAGCUAUUAAAAGCCAGAGACUGCGCAGAGCCGUGACUUGUCUGAAGAGAAAGGAAAAGGAAGCAGAUGAUGAAAUUCAGGAGGCUGCUGCUGUCACGGAGACAGAGCUUAAACAGCCUGGGAAAAGGAAAGGGCAAGGUACCACAGGUGGUGCAAAUCAAGCUGCAGCAACAAAAGUACAGAGUGGAAAGAGAAGAAAACAUUCAGAUUCCAGAAAAGAAUUUUUAUAUGGAGGUGGUUUUAUUGGAAAUUUGCAUCUUUCAGAAACUUCUAGUGACUCCUCAGUGGAGGAAUCCAAAGGCAGAGAUUUAGGCAAGAGCAAAAGGAGGAAAAACAUCUCUGCAACAGAGAUGGCAGACCAUAAAGAGAAAAAAGGGUGCAGUAGUUCAAGUGGUGAGGAUGAAGACCUGGGAAAUGUAGUCAUGGUGACUGCCAAACCUGUGUUUGAAGGCAGAAAAAAGAAAUCACGGAGCAAGAGAGCAAUAAGAAAGAAAAUGUCUUAAAUAAAAUAAUUAUUUAAAAAGACUGAUCUUCCUGACUUGAGCUUUGUAAAUAUUCUAAUGAAUUCCUUAUAAAAUGUAAUAAAUUAUCCUUAUUUGUACUUCA